AUGAGUCGGUUUUUUUCUGUGUCACAGCCAUUACUAGGAAAUCUGCGGAAUGAAGUCCGGCCUUCACAGCGGACAAUCUCGAUACCAACGGCGCAUCCAGGCUACAAGAAAGCUCUACAGAUAACCACAUCGCACAAGAAGAGAGUUUGGAGCUCAACACCCGUCCGACAAAUAGAUUUCAGGAGCCCUCAGAGAGAUAUUUCUUCCCAUCAGCUUAUCAAGGGUCCAAACAUUGUGAAGGCCAAAACCAGUCACUGGCUUGUCCUUGAUGCCCCCCUAAAGAAGAUUUCAUCAGAUCUCACAAAGAGGCCGCAGCAUCCGAACCAAUUUCCAGUAUCCAGCCGACUAAACAAGUCCGAAAUCAUGUGCAGCUACGUGCAGGUUAUCACGACUCCCACGGCGGACACUCCUGGUACGACACUACUCUUGCAUUUUGAUAAUAAGCGUUAUAUCAUUGGGAAUGUCAGCGAGGGGACGCAGAGGGCGUGCAUACAGCAGAAGAUCGGCCUGGCAAAAUUGGAGGAUAUAUUACUCACAGGGAAAACAAGUUGGCAAAACAAUGGAGGACUUCUCGGAAUGAUUCUAACUGUAGCUGAUGUCCUGAUCACCAGGGCUACUGCUCUGAAGGAGAAUCCUGGCAAAGGAAAGAAGCGCAGAGCAGGAGAUACAGACGAUGAAGGACCAAAGAGAGUAAAACUUUAUGCAGCCGAGAAUUUGAAUCAUUUGUUGGCGACCGCUCGACGAUUUAUCUUCAGAAAAGGAAUGCCGCUGGAUAUUAUUGAGUCACAAGACUUUGCUUCCGCUGCUGACGUCUCCGCACCUUCCUGGUCCGAUAACAACAUACAAGUCUGGGCUAUGGAUAUAGUAUCAGAUCAGUCACUCUCUCACCAUACGAGGAAGAGGAGCCACGAAGAGAUCUCUCAGGAUCACGCCUCUGAAUAUAGCAAGGAGGAUGUUGUGUCAUUUGACGGCAAGCUGGAAGAAACAGCAGAGCAGAGGGAAGAUCGCUAUAAUCAAAUACGAAAGGGGGUCGUUGGCCACAUGUUUGACUCAACCUGGAAACUGGAUGCGCUGGUAUCUCGGAAACUCUCGGAGGUAAAAAUGCCUGCCGCUAUAUUUGUAAGAAACGAAGCAGGAAAGAUCGAAGAAUACAAGGGGCCAUUACCGAGUAGCGAUCAGUUUGUGCCAGACAUUGAUGUUUUGGUUCGGAAUCCUUGGCCAGGAGCUCGUAUCGAAAGUUUGCCUCCAACAAGUCGGUCAACAAUCUCUCGAUCUUACAUCAUCAAAAACUAUCCCCAGCGUGGGAAGUUCGAUCCUGCAGCCGCGAAAGAACUAGGAGUCAAACCCGGUAGCUCCUUUCGCGAUUUGACAAUGGGAAAAAGUGUCGUGACAGAAUCUGGCACGACGGUAACACCAGAUAUGGUCAUGUCGCCAGAAAGAGUGGGGGGUGCGUUUGCGGUCGUUGAGCUGCCAUCCGCAGAUUAUAUUGAAGGGUUACUCAACCGAAAGGAGUGGUCUUCAGAGAAAGUUAUGGGAGGCGUCAAGGCUAUUUACUGGAUCCUCGGCGAAGAUGUCCAUGCAGAUGAGAGGCUGGCCACUUUUAGAGCCAAAUAUAGCCACGUGAAGCAUAUAAUAUCCUCAGUGGACUGCUGUCCUGAUAAUAUUGCUUUCCAGUCGGCAACUGUAGCACAGCUAAAGCUGCAUAUCGUCGAUUCUGAGCGAUUUCCCAUUCCGGCAUAUAACAAUAGUCUUCCCAGCGACGCAUCGAAGUCCGUUGAUUGGAUCAAAGCACACGUCAAAGAUGUUCUACAACUUGAAUCACCACGCGAAGCCAAAGAAGCUAAAGUUCUGCCGAAGCCUUUUGAUGCAGCUAAAGUCCUAGUGGAGCUCCAAAGCUCAACGAAUCCAGGGGCACCCGAUUGGCUAGAUAAGGAAGUCCUCGAACUUUCCCAGGCCGCGCGGAAGAGAAUAAUUGAUCCAGAGUAUUUGGCCAAGCUCGCCAAAGUUCAAGAGGAUAUACCAUGCAAAGACGCAGAGCUUAUAACCCUUGGAACCGGAUCUUCUGUGCCGUCUAAAUAUCGAAAUGUCUCUGCGACACUAUUACGCGUUCCUGGAGUAGGGAACUACUUGUUUGAUUGUGGAGAAAACACAUUGGGUCAGCUGAAGCGUGUGUUUGGCGACGAAAUGCCCCAGAUUCUCAGAGAUUUGAAGGUUAUCUGGAUCAGUCAUCUCCAUGCUGACCACCACCUUGGCACAGUGUCAGUACUGCGGGCAUGGCAUGAAGAAACUAGCCGACACGAGGAAACAAAGUCCAACGGUAUUAUUGUUUCAUCUGAAGACGGUAUGCUUGGAUGGCUGUCAGAGUAUUCUCAUGUUGAAGACUUCGGCUAUUCGCGUGUCAAGUCCCUGAGGUUGAGUCAUGAAAAUACUUGGACCAACAACUUCAACAGCGAAGAGGUCAACGCUUACGGUUUAAGCUCCAUUGUGGCUUGCCAAGUGACGCAUUGCCACCAGGCUCUCGCAGUUGUUUUGAAGUUCCCUAAUGGCUUCUCAGUGGCAUAUUCGGGGGAUUGCAGACCCUCGGCUGAAUUCGCACGGAUCGGAAAAGGUGCCACUGUUCUCAUCCAUGAGGCUACGUUCGACAACGAACUCGAGGGCGACGCAGUGGCGAAAAAGCAUUCCACGACAGCGGAUGCACUAUGGGUUGCAAAGAAGAUGGAGGCGAGAAGGAUCCUCUUAACACAUUUCAGUCAAAGGUACCAGAAGAUUCCAGUAAUGGACAAUUCAAGUGACCAAAUCGCUAUUGUGGCCUUUGACUACAUGAGGUGCAAAGUUGGAGACUUUGCAAAGGUAGCAGAGUUCAGACCAGCUUUGCUAAAGCUUUACGAGAAUGAAGCGGGAGAUGAAUAA